AUGUGUAAACGGUAUUUUAAAGGAACUGAGACGAGGAUUCUGCGUGUUAUUAGAAGGGGUAAACAAAAAUUGACAAAAAAACAAAGAGAGGAAAUGAGUUCAGAAGAGGGCAUUAGAUAUACUAGGUUUGAUAUAAGUAAUGAGAUGGAGUUCUCGACGAUCAAGAAGCUAAUCGAUGAGGAUCUUAGCGAGCCAUACUCGAUAUAUGUGUACCGGUUUUUUUUGAACCAAUGGCCUAGGCUUACGUAUUUAGCAUGGGCGGAUGGAGUUGACACGCCGAUAGGGUGUAUAGUAUGUAAGAGUGACAUGCACAAUGGGGUACGAUUGAGAGGGUAUAUUGGGAUGUUGGCCGUUGAAAAGAGCUACAGGGGACGUGGAAUAGCGAAGAAGCUUAUCACGUUAGCGAUCAAUGCUAUGAUUGAGGAGAAAUGCGACGAAAUAAUGCUAGAGACGGAAUGUAGCAAUGCGGCAGCAUUACAUUUGUACGAGAACAUGGGUUUCAUCAGGAUGAAGCGUCUCUUUAGGUACUAUUUGAACCAAGGCGAUGCGUUCAAACUGAUUUUGCCCAUCACUGAGAAGAGCUGUGUGAGAAGCACAUUUCUAGGGCUGAAUUCGUUCCCGAAAAACGCUAUACUGUGA